GUCUAGUCGAGAUGUGCAGCUUCAAAACCAGCACGUUAUUUUAGACCGUUUUAAACCUUUUUCAUAAGUCACUUCUAUCAUCUAAGUUGAUUGCAUUUCAGCACUGGUUCAAUAUUGCAAAAAUCCUUUUGUAGCUAAUGUCCCUAGUACUGUAGUUAUAAUGCGUUGUUUUCGUCUCACUCACUUCCCAGUGACAAGGUUAGUGGCAAAGUUAGCUGGCUAGCUAGCUAGUUCGCUACAUAGCUAGGUUACUAGCUAACGUUAGGAAACCAUUAUCAUGUCAACCAUAAAGUAUUGUAUGUUAAGUAACAAUAUAGUUGCCCGUUUAUUCCCCAAAAGGACCUAUUCGUGGUUUGUAGAGUUGCAGCACCAGCAGUAUUAUCGCGCAGAGAACUGGCUGAAGUUACCAACAAGUUAUAAAUGCCAUAAGAGAUCACAUCAUGUCAAUCAAUCGUCAUGUCAGCAUAUCUCACAAUAUGGCCGUCAACGUCACAGAGCUACAACAGUGUCAUGGCAGACAUCUAUCCCCUUACAACACAGAGGCUUUUCACUGUCAGCGUACCAGCUGAAGAUUAGGGACGACAACCAUACCCCGGGUCAUGAAAGCCUGGGCAGGGAGGAGGAGGAGGAUUAUAUAGAUGAUGGAGAGAUAGAUGAUCUGUUUCAACACCAGAUCCCGAUGGUCGGCGAGGGAGACCACCGCAUCUUCAUCGUCCAUCCUGAUGUGAAAUGGGGAAGCAGGAAGCAGUACCUGACCACAGCUAAUCUGAUGAUGGCGGAGGCAGUGGGUUUGGUCAACACUCUACAGAACUGGAGUGUCAUUGACACGAUCAUCCUCUCCACCAAGACACCAGAGAAGAAGAUGAUCUUUGGCAAAGGCAACUUCCAGACUCUCACAGAGAGAAUCAGAAGAACUCCGGGAGUAACUGCUGUGUUUGUCAACGUGGAGCGUCUGUCCCCUGCCUCAGAGAAAGAGUUUGAGGAGGCGUGGGGGGUGAAGGUGUUUGACAGAUACUCUGUGGUUCUCCAUAUCUUCCGCUGUAACGCCAGAACCAAGGAGGCCAAGCUACAGAUAUCCCUGGCUGAGAUCCCACUGCUCAGAUCCCGUUUGAGAAAUGAAGUGGCCAACUUGGACCAGCAGGGUGGCGGUUCCAGGUACAUUAUGGGUUCAGGUGAGACACUGAUGGAGGUACAGCAGAGAGUGUUGCAGGAGAGAGAGCUGAAGAUCUGCUCUGCUCUGGAACGUCUGAGGAGGAAGAGACACCUGCUCCGCUCCCACCGCAAACACAGAGACUUCCCCAUCAUCUCUGUUAUGGGCUAUACCAACUGUGGUAAGACGACCCUGAUCAAGGCGUUGACGGGUGACGCGGCGCUGCAGCCCAGAGAUCAGCUGUUUGCCACGCUGGACGUCACGGUGCACGCCGGCACGCUGCCUAGUCACAUGACGGUGCUCUAUGUGGACACCAUUGGCUUCCUGUCCCAGCUUCCCCACCAGCUCAUAGACUCCUUCUCUGCCACGCUGGACGACGUCACUCACUCUGACCUGAUAAUCCAUGUGAGAGACAUCAGCCACCCAGAGACCGUGAACCAGAAGGAGAAUGUGUUGAAUGUCCUGAUGAACCUUCAGAUCCCAGACAGACUGAUGACCUCCAUCAUAGAAGUCCAUAAUAAGAUAGAUCUGGUGGACAGCUAUGAGCCAUCUGAGCCCAACAGCCUGCCUAUCUCUGCUCUGAGAGAACAGGGCCUGGAGCACCUGAAGACUGUAGUAGAAGAAGCUAUAGUGAGAUCUACCGGGAAACAGGUCCUGACUCUCACGGUUGACCUCAGCAGCUCCCAGUUAAGCUGGCUGUACAAGGAGGCAACGGUUCAGGAAGUGGACGUUAACCCUGAUGAAGGUUCCGCUGUCGUCAAGGUGAUCAUCGGUGCUGCUGCUUACGGACGCUACAGGAAGAUGUUCCAACGUAGUUAGAAGCACUACAGGUGCACACCAGUGAUGAACCCUGGAUGACUGACAGGCGCUUUAUUGAAGACACCGCGCAGCCAUCUUCCUACUCCUUCAUUGUAAAACAUAUUUUGGAAGCUGUAGAAAUGCAUUUAUUGAUGUCUGCAUUCGUUUUUUGACACGUUUAUUCUAAUGCAUACUUUAAAAAUAUUUUAUGUUAGCUAAACAUACAACAAAAAAAUAUAACAUUUUCCUUAAAGUA